AUACUUAUUAAAGACUUAAAGACUCAGCUAUACUUAUAAUCAUUACGAAGUACAUCAUUAGGUUCUCAUAUUAGUCAGAUGUUCAUGUUUAAGGACUGUGAUCGAUUUCUUCUUCCUAGUAAGCUCACUUGCCUCUUCCAACAGUGAAAAUGAGUAACCUUACAUAUUUGUGUAAGCUUUAUCAGAAUUUUGCCCAGAACUGAAUUAGUGUGAGUAGAAGAGCAAAAAUGGUGGAGACCCGUGAAGAUGAAGAGCAGAAUGUUAAAAUGGCUGAAACCGUUGAGCUUCUUCUUGCUGCGGGAUAUUUCAGGGCAAGAAUCAAAGGAUUGUCGCCAUUUGAUAAGGUUGUUGGAGGUAUGACAUGGUGUAUUUCAGUCUGUGAUUUUGAUAUUGAUGUUGAUCUGCUAUUCCAAGAAAAUUCAACCAUUGGCCAGAAGAUAGCUUUGACAGAGAAAAUUGUUGCAGUUCUUCCACGUAUGAAAUGCCCUCACCGCCUGGAGCCUCACCAAAUUCAAGGCUUGGAUUUCAUCAGCAUUUUCCCAGUGAUACAGUGGUUGGUAAAGAAAGCAAUUGAGAGGAAAGAAGAAAUGGGUGAUUACAUUCGAGAGUUUUCUGUCUCACAGUUCAACAAGUCUCACUCAACACCACAGGACAUUGAAUUUCUUGCAAAGAAACCAAAGUGUAUCAGUGGAAUGAAAGGUCUUAAGGUUAGUUGAGUUUGGUGUUAUUAAUUAAU